UAGGCCUAGCCUAAAUGGAUCCUAAGCGGCUGAUCGAAGGUAAGAGUUCUGUGAAGAUGAAUAGCAAACGCAAAAUGAAAACCUGGAGUAACGAUGAUUUAGUGGUAGCCUUUCAAACUAUGAAAGCACAAGGGAUGUCAAUACGUCAGGGCGCCAAGGCCUUUGGAAUACCAUACAGCACCCUGCGUGAUAAGUCUUGCGGCAGAACACCACUCUUUACUACCCAAGGACCCAAACCAUACCUCAGUAAAGAAGAGGAAAAGAAGAUUGUGGACUGGGCUAACGAAAUGGCAAGCCAGGGUGCCAGUCAAUCCAAAGGGGAUAUCCAAAACGUUGUUAAAGCUUUCCUUGAAAAUGAUGGUCGGGAGCAUCCCUUCUUAGACAACUUACCAGGAAAAAAGUGGUGGAGAAGUUUUUUGAAGAGAAACCCUAACCUAGUAUACCGGCAGAUGCAAACAGGCAAACAAGCGGAGCCACACAAAGGCUACCCGAAGGUAUUAGACGAUAGGAUCGAGAUGUGGUUUAUUGAAUUCGAGGCACGUCUGCAGAAGGAGGGACCACUCCCCAUGCUUGCCGAUCCUCAGAGGUUUUGCGGUGAACAACAGAGACAAUCAUCUAUUGAUGGAGUAUUAAAGAGCUUUCCUGCACCAUCAACAUCCACACCAGGUCAACCACUGUCAACGCCUUCCACAUCACCAACACUGCCACAGGAGUCGCAAGAUGUUGUUGAAUGUCAAAGCAAUGGAACCUCCUCUCCAUGCAAGGGCACAUCUGAAGACCAAAGGGAGAAAAGAGGACCCUCUUCUCCAGCUAUCACCGUAGAUGAAUUCUUCCUCUACGUUCGUUGUAGAAGAUCAGUAGAGAAUUGGAAACAGAAAGAGGUUGAUAAGAGAAAGAUGGCAGAGAAUGAACAGAGAGAAACGGAAGAACAUAUUGAACAAGAGACAGAAUAUGAGAUGGUUAGCGGUGCGGAUGAUGCGGACACAGGCGAGGAAAGAAUGGACUCUGCAGAACCAGUGGUGAUUCUGUGUAAUGAAGGAGACUGCGUGUCUGAAGUCACUGUAGCUACAAGUACUCUCGAAGGCAUACUAGAACAGGAGCGGAAGAAGCGAGUAAGCCCAAGAAAGAGAUCACUGGAAGUCAGCAAGGCUGAGAAUCGGCAUAAAAUCAAGGCACGAACAGAGUACGAGAUGGUAAAUGAUGCUAAUGAAGAGAACACUGAAGUAAUGAAACGGAAGCCAAAGAAGCGAGUGCCAGGAAGACCAAGGAAGACAUCGCAGCAAGUGAGCAAGAGCGAGCUUCAGAAGAACAUCAAAGCCCAGGUUAUUGAGAUAAUGAACAGCGUAUUCAAUGUUGAUGUGGAAGAGAUGAUGAAAUUGCAAAAAGAGAAAGCAAAGAAAGCGAAACAAGUAAAAAUGAAAGGAAUGGAAAAAAGAAAAGACCAGAAGCUACCAAGCAGGGAGAACAUAGAGCAUGAAAGUGAUGCUGGUGAAUUCCGGAAGGAAUUGAUUGUAGAAGCUAAAGACAAGGUCAGAGCAGUGCCAAAUAUAAAGACCGUAACUAGUCAAAAGGAAAUCUAUGUUUGCCCUGCUUGUCAUAAAUUCAGCGGAGACGAUGAAGCAUGGAUUGGCUGUGAUCACUGCGUAAGAUGGUUGCAUCUAUCCUGUACAAGUAUGCAUUUGUUGCGAGGUGUCGACCUCGCAGGCUUUGAUUAUAGAUGCAAAUACUGUUGACUGACGACAUUGACAUUUCUCUACAAAAUAUUUCUUUGUGACUGAAUGAAGUAUGGACACAAAUUCCUUGCUAUUACAUUAAAGUGAAAUUACAUUUUGAGGAUGGAGUAUUUUUCCCAAUUGUCUGGGGGCAUUUCAAUCUUGUUUAGCCUGGACUGGUAUGUUAGAUUUGCCAGCAGAAGCUGAAAGUGAUUUUUUUUAUAUAUUAAAGCACUCCAAGCUGCAAAAGCACAAUUCAGGUUUUACAUAGGUCUGUAUGUAGAAUAGAUGAAUUAUUAUUUUUUAUUUACGAUUUACAAUUUUUUUUUAUGUGUAGAGGAUGCUGACUCUGACAAUAAUUAGUAUUUGAACUGAUGAAGACUUGUACAGCUAUCCAGCAUUUUUUUUUAUUUUAUUUUUAGAAUGUCUUUCUUUGGUUGUUUUUUGGCCAGUGCAGGAAAACCUGCUACAGAUACAUAUAUUAAUAAGACGGAAAUAUGAUAGCAGCAUCCAGUCAGAAACUAAGGUCUGAUCAAAUUAAAGAGGAAAUCUCCCCAUGAUAUCUCCACAGUGAUAUUAAAGAAGAAAAUUGAUGCGUAAUAAUCUCAAAUUCAGUUUUUCUACAUACAGGGUACAAAGGAAUGUAUUCACAAUCGUCCUGACAGAAUUUAUCAUACAGACUUCAGGCCGGGGAGGACAAUAAAUAUAAAUUUCAGAGUCCGCUGAAUUUGAAUAUUUCUCAAUCGAUUUACAGAGCUGCCAAGUGGUGAAAGUUAUUAAUAGUAGGUAUAGGUUUGGCCUGAGUUCAUGGGUGACAGAGCAGAGGAUUGUUAUUAUUUUUUUGAUUGGGGGGGGGGAACGCAACAAUAGAUGCCCCCCCCCUCCCGAUGAACAAAGGAUAAUCCUCUGCACUGAUGCCCUUUCCCCGAGUUCUCCACCAUGUUGUAUUCGUGUUAAAUCGUGUUGCUAUUUUGUUGUUGCUCUUUUGUAGGAAAGGCAUAGGCAAGUAACUUUGGCUUCAGUACUCAAAUUGAUUUGGACUUUGGAAAUCUGUAAGACUUAAAAAAAGGGGAAGUUCACCCUGACAAGAAAAUAAUAGUUAACAUAGAAAAAAAUUAUAAGAGAUACAUGUAUUGCCAACGGCUUGAGGAAAAUCCAUCAAAGAAUAAAAAUAUUCAAAUUUUAAUUAUUUGAUUGUGACAUCAUCUGCGAACAGCUUUCCCGUACUUCAAUCACAUGUUGAAAAUCAAUGAAAUGUCAUUUUAUUUUAUUAUUAGAAUUUAGAAAUGAUUUUUGUUGUACCCUCGGUACAUCAAUUGAAAUUGCUUCAACUUGUUUUGUUACAGAACUUUGUGAAAAAGGCGUUUGGGAGAAAUGUGAUUCCCUUUUACCAUACGGUAUAUGGUACUGCCCUUUUUUGUCGGAUAGCUUAUUAUUGUUCUAUUAAAUUUUGUUGUUAUAACUUA